AUGAGUAAAGAAAAUAAUGAUGCAACAAAGCCGAAAGACACAAACUUUUCAGCUAAAUCAUUGCACGGCUUAGAUAAGAAAAGAGACCUGAUAACGGCAAGAAAUAGUUGUCUUCAAAUAUCACAAAACAAAACUACACUUUUGCCAUUGAGACCUCCAUCUUCCAAAUUCUCCGGAUUAAAUUAUUCAUCAAAAUCAGCAUCUUCCGUCGAAUCUAGCAUUAAAUACUUUGAAAAACUAGCUUCCAAAGUUAUUCCUAUUAAUGAAGAAAAAACAAAACCCAUGCCAUUAUCAAUCAUGCAACCUAAACUUGAAAGGAGGAAAAUGUAUAGUCUUCCAAAUGCACCGGAUGCCUCGAGUUUUUUUGUUAAUCACGAUUUUUCUGUCGCGUUUUUAGAAAAACAGUCAUCAAACGCAAAAAAAUUGCCUCAAAACCUAACAUCCGUGAAUUUGCAUACAACAAUUGACAGAUCAAACAUUGAAUCUGCGGUAGAAUUUAAAGAUAAAAAAACAAUAAAAUCAAUGAACAAAUCAUCGUCACUUUCGAUUUUGCCUAAAAGCGAAACAGUUCAACAUCCUAUUUCAACAUUUGGGUCAAUGUUAUCUGCUACGUCAGCAAUUAAUAAACCUACAACUGUUCCUCAAUCUGACAAACCAAUAGCUUCUUCAAAGAACGAUGUUAGAUUAUCAACUAUAUUUAAUAAUAUUUCCUCACCAAUAUCUACGAGUAAUUCAAGUGUAAGCGAAUCAUUACGGGAUUCUCCAAAUCUCACUAAUCAAGAAGAUUCUGGUAAACAAAGAGGUCGGAGAAUUGCCAGACUAAGAAAAAAUUUUGAAAAAAAAUGUGUGGCAAAUAUUGCCAACAUGCUAGAUCUCCCAAAAGUAGGUAUCAAAGAUUUACAUUACGACACUCAACAACAUAUUGACAAUAAAAGUCAUGUUUUAUUUCAAAUCGGGCCUUUAUUCGCAAAAGUUGAAUGUAUGUAUCAUCCAUCCCCAAUUUUACAAAAAGAUCCUCGAAUAAAUGGAUCAUUCCUUACUUUUUCUCGCAUUGAACAUGCUCAAAAUCCUAACGUGAAUAAUUGGUUUGAAGAUGGACAAAGAAUUAUAUUGCAAUCUAGUCAGAUAGGUCAAACUGAAAAAGUGCCAUCAUUAUAUGAAAUGUUAAAUGACCAAUUUUUGGUGGACUUAUUUCGGAAUGAAAAUGGAAUUGUUCAAUUUGUUCUUGUAUAUUUAUUUACUAAAAAAUAUUUGUUUACAAAAUUGAUACGAUUUUGUAAUUCUAUAAUUCAAGAAAAUAUUGAUUUGGCCUCUUAUAGAUUAGAAAAGAUUGCAAAUUAUAGGAAAAAAGAUCUAUUGGUUAUUGUUAGUGAAGACAGAAAAAAAGACUUUGAAGAACUUGGAUACGAGGCUUGUUCCGAAAAUUGGGCUUCUGAUGUUAAACUUUGUGGAAAUAAUGUUUUGUUGUGUAAAAGAGUUGGAUAUACCAGUGAUGGAAUUCAAAGAUAUGACUCUGUUCAUUAUAGAUGUUAUUCUUCAAUUAAAGGUGAUUCAAUCUCAAAAACAAGGAAUAUCGGUAUAAUUGCUCAUAUAGAUGCUGGCAAGACGACUACUACUGAACGUAUGCUAUAUUAUGCUGGAUACACUAGAAGAAUUGGAGAUGUAGAUGAUGGAACUACUGUGAUGGACUAUAUGAAACAAGAACGCGAAAGAGGCAUUACUAUCACUUCAGCAACAAUAACAUUCGCAUGGCGCAAUUAUCGUAUAAAUCUAAUAGAUACCCCAGGUCAUGUGGAUUUUACAGUGGAAGUGGAACGCAGUAUACGUGUUCUUGAUGGCGCUGUAACAGUUUUGGAUGCUGUUGCUGGUGUUGAGGCACAAACCCAAACAGUUUGGACACAAGCGAAUCGUUAUAAUGUUCCUAGAAUAGCCUAUGUUAAUAAAAUGGACAGAGUUGGUGCUAGAUUUGGUAGAACCGUUAGGGAAAUGAGAUACAAGCUGGGAGCAAGGCCUUUGGUUUGUCAAAUUCCUGUUAUGCGAAAAGAUAAUCGUAGUUUGUUUUGUGGUAUUGUUGAUCUGUUAGAUAUGCAUAUAUUAGAUUGGAAUAAAGAUCCUAAAGGGUCUAUUAUAACCAGGACUCCACUAACUGAUAAACACCCCAUGGUGGGAUUAUAUGACGAAGCGAAAAGAGGUCGUUCAAGUUUAAUAGAAGCUUUGUCAGAAAUGGAUGACAAUAUGCUAGAUUUAUUUUUAUCUACAGAAGAUCAUAUGAAAAUUUCUGUGGAAGAUACAAAGCAGGCAUUACGUAGAGUAACGCUGAAUGGAAAAGCUGUACCAGUUUUUUGUGGAGCAUCUUUUCGAAACAUUGGUGUACAGCCUUUGAUGGACGCCGUGGUUGAUUAUCUUCCUUCUCCUCUGGAUCGUCCUUCUCCGAUUGCAAGCUUAUCUGGUGAUGAAUCUGUUGAAAUCGUUCCAAAAGAGAGCGAAAAGUUAUGUGCACUUGCGUUUAAAGUUGUACAUGACAACAAACGUGGCCCAAUGGUUUUUGUGAGAGUAUAUUCAGGUGAAAAAAUGAGUAAAUUAGACAAUAAUAUGACAUUAUAUAAUACAAAUACUUGCCAUAAAGAACGUGUAAACAAGUUGCUUCAAGUGUAUUCAAAUGAUGUAGAAGAAAUUCCAUUAAUCAAGGCGGGUAACAUUGGUGUAAUAAUUGGUCUUAAAGAAACAAGAACGGGUGAUACAUUGAUUCAAUUUAAUGACUCUCGGAAAAGUCUUCGACUACAAAACAUUGAUAUUCCUGCACCAGUGUUUUUUCGCGUGGUAGAGGCUGCUGGUAUUUCUGAAGAAAAACCUCUAGAAGAAGCUCUUAAAAGUAUAUUAAGAGAAGACCCCUCUCUUCAUGUGUAUAUUGAUCCAGAUUCUGGGCAAACUUUGAUAAGUGGUAUGGGUGAACUUCAUUUAGAGAUCGUCAAAGACCGUUUGUUAAAUGAUUUUAAAGUCAAAGCAGAGUUGGGAAAAAUGCGAAUAUCAUAUAGAGAGACUGUUACUGAAAAAAUAGAUUAUACAUACCUAUAUGAACGCGAAAUUAUGGGUAAGAGGGUAAGAGCUCAAAUUGCCUUGAUUAUUACUCCACUCCACGAGAAUGAUCAAGGAUCAUCUAAAGAAGGUGGAAAUAGAAUCACUUUAAACCUUACAAAAAAAACAAUUGUGUUGGAUGAAAUAGAUCAGUCUAUAAAUAAUCAAGGAACAAAUGAAUUAGUAAAAUUAUCUAUUGAGGACAUCUCUAAUGCCGUGUAUACUGGAAUAAUAUCUGGUUUAUAUCGAGGUCCGAUGCUUGGUUUUCCCAUCACAGGGCUUUCGAUAAAUGUAUAUUCGUUACGUUUAUUUGGUACAGAAUCGACUAAAAUUGCAAUUAGCACGUGUGCCUCGCAGGCUUUGACUAAUGCAUUAAAAGAUAGAAACCUUGUAUUACUCGAGCCCUUAAUGAAUGUAAAUAUUGAUGUACCUGAAGAAUAUUUAGGUGUGGUUCUUGGAGAUAUAACCGGAACACGUCGCGGAAAUGUUUUGGCACUUGAAACGUCUGAAAGCGCAUUCGAUAAUUUUGAUCAUAAUAUUGAAAUAUAUGUUCCAUCAGAUUCUACAUUCGUUUCUUCUAGUAAUGAUACAAUUGUUAACCCCAAAAGAGUCAUACGUGCGCAUGUUCCGUUAUCUACCAUGUUGGGAUAUUCUUCUUCGUUAAGGUCGUUGACAGGUGGAACAGCAACUUUUGAUAUGAGGAUACAUUCUUUUGGGAUUAUGAAUGAUGAUCGAGCAAAAGCCGUUAUUCGUGAGAUGCAAGGUGCCUUCUGA